GUGCGGUUGUUACGCCUUGGCAACGCUGUGAAAUGGAUUGCACGUUCGCGAACACCGGGGCAACGUUUCCCCCUGCUGGUGGAAAGUGAGCACGCGCGAACGCGCUCGCAUCCAACUUUCAUGAGCGGACGUGCUCAGGCACAAUAGCGCAGCCCCGGUCGGGGAGGUAUCAGGGUGGAGCCGCUAAGGUGUGUCCGGCCACUGAGUCACGGCCUGCAGCGACAGCGGAGUCCGUCUGUGGGAGAGGUGCUACUUUCUCCGAGCUCUUAACGUCGACGCAAAUCCAUCUCCCGUCCACUGUCAGCGAUUCCCCUCGCGAGGCGAGUUCAGCGUCUCUUUUGCCGCGCACGAGCGCAAAGUCCAACGGGAAGUUUUAAGGACGGCGAAAAAAAUGGCGAAGGUUUUAAUUCCUCACAUCUGCCUGCUGAUGGUCCUGUCCCGCGCGGAGUCGUGUUUUAUGCCGAGCUCUCAGUACGUGGUGGUGGCCGACUUCAUUCCGGUCGGAAACAAAGUCACAAUGGUUGAAGCCUCCGGCUGCGACACCGGCUCGGUGCUCUUAUACGCGAAGGACCCGAGUUUUACUGUACGCAGCGACGGGACGGUGGUGGCCAUGAGAGGCGUUUACGUCCCGCCGGGGGGUCGGACGUUUACGGUGCUCGCUCGGGACAGCAGCGCGCAGGAGAGCGAGAUGGAAGUUCACCUCGUCCACAGAGCCCAGCGGCAGAAGACGGAACAAGGUGUCCUGAAGCGGACAAAAAGAAGGUGGAGCCCCCCACCUAUCACUAUUCUGGAGAAUGACGAGGGGCCUUAUCCCAAACAGCUCGAAAGGAUCGUGUCAGACUCUGAAGUCCGUCACAAGGUGUAUUACAUUGUGACUGGACAUGGUGUCAAUCAGGACCCAUCGGGCCUCUUCAGCCUGGACCGCGACUCUGGGAUGCUGACCGUUUACAGGCCAAUCGAUCGGGAGAUAUACCCGUCCUUCAAAAUAACUGCCAAAGUUUAUGACACUAAAACCCACCAGGAGACAGACCAACCUUUGGACAUACACAUAGAGAUAGACGAUGUUAAUGACAAUGCUCCACAGUUUGUCAGCCAAAUGAAGUAUAACGUGCUCGAGCAAGCAAGCAUGGCAGUGGUGGGGCAGGUGAGCGCCACAGACAAAGACAAGCCAGGUACCCUCCAUUCUAAGAUCAGGUAUUCCCUGCUGACGGGAACGAACCUGUUUGCCAUUCACCCAGAGACAGGGGUCAUCACCACGACGACCAACAGCCUGGACAGAGAGACACUGAAUUUACACAAUGUGGUAGUUGAAAUCAGAGACUUGGACGGUUCCAUAAAUGGCCUCUUCACAACAGGCACAGCGCAAAUUACUGUUGAUGACAUCAACGAUAACCCACCGACUUUUCCAAGACCAUCUUUUGAUGCAUCUGUGAGCGAAAACGUGAAGGAAAAGCUCAUCCUUGAAAUUCCUGUUGAGGAUCGGGAUUUGAUAAAUACCGCGAACUGGAGAUCUAAAUUCGUCAUCACUAAAGGAAAUGAAAACGGAAACUUCAGGAUUGACUCUGACCCCAAGACAAAUAAGGGCCUUCUCUAUGUCAUAAAGCCUUUAGAUUAUGAGAAGACCAAAUAUAUACCCCUGGAGGUCAUGGCUCAGAAUGAAGCUGAGCUGAGCGGCACUACGCAACAGUGGCAGACGGCCCGCGUCAACGUCUCCGUCGUGGACGUGGACGAAGGCCCCGAGUUCACCGCCCCCACCGUCCGCUUCCUCGUCAAAGAGAACACCCCGAACGGCACGAAGAUCGGGACUUACACCGCUCAGGACCCUGAGACCAAGAGCAGCAGCGGCAUCAAGUACUACAAGGUCUCAGACCCCGCUGGCUGGGUCACUGUCGACAGGAAUACCGGAGAGCUGAGGGUCGCAAACACCAUCGACAGAGAGUCGGCAUUCGCCCUGAAUGGAACCUACAACGUCAUCAUGAGGGCUGUUGAUACUACCUCGAAGACGGGCACAGGGACAGUCAUCAUUCAGGUGGAGGACAUCAACGACAACGUCCCAGAGGUCCCCAGCAACAAUCUGGUUUUGUGCGAUACGGGAGACGGGCUCGGCUCCGUGGUGGUUGUGGCUGAAGACAAAGACCAGCCUCCCUUUUCUUACCCGUUCACCUUUAGUCUGCCACAAGACAACGACGGCAAAUGGUCUGUGACCAGAUUGAACGACACAGCAGCUGUAUUGAAGCCCAUCAAAGCCCUGCCCGUAGGUCGGUACAACGUUGACAUUGACAUCAAAGACCUGCAGGGCUAUGGGAAAACGCAGACGGUGACCGUGAGGAUCUGCCAGUGCAAGAACGGCGCGUGCUCGGCGGCGGCCCGCUCCACGAGGCUGAGCUCGCUGGGCUACCUGGCGCUGCUGCUGCCGCUUCUGGCCCUGCUGCUGCUCUGUCUGCUUCUCAUCUUUUUCUGUGUGACAAAGCGAGACAAGGUUGACCUCGAUGACGGCGGCGACAGCGGUGGGAUCCUGCUCAAAUCCAACACAGAAGGCAUAGGGGAGGAAGUGAACCCCAGCCUCAUUGCUGUCCCUUCUAUGGUGCAGACAGACAAGGGCAUGGGUAUGCAGAACUCGGGGUGGCAGGGGCUCAAGAGCACCAGCACACUCGGAGGCCACAGCAUGCUGGAGAACGGGAUUUACAGGUCCGGCAUGGACACGCAGGAGUUCUAUACCACCCACUACGAUAACCAGUACAGUGCUCAGCUGAACGCGGGGCAGCUUGUUGGAAGCAGCAUGGGCAUGGACAGCCGAUACUUCGCCCAGGAUUCCUCUCUUCACCACACCUGGCAGACAAAUGGCCGUGUUCUAGGCCAGAGGUUGCAGUAUUUGCAAGCACAGGAGGACGGAUGCUACGCCGACGACAUCGCUCACUCCUACGCGUUCGAGGGAAAGGGCUCCGCUGCGGGUUCCGUAGGCUGCUGCAGCAACUUGGGCGACAAAGAGAACCUCGACUUCCUAAACACGCUCGGACCAAAGUUUAAAACUCUCGCAGACGUGUGCACAAAGAGAUGAACAAUGCGACGCCAAGAUGUUUCCUUUCAAAGCACAGGAUGGAGUCAGGACUGUGAUCGGAGCGGUUUUAUGUUUUCCCAUAAACACGAGUGAUCAGGUGUGCGUGCGUGCGUGUGUGCGUGCGUGUGUGCGUGCGUGUGUGCGUGCGUGUGUGCGUGCGUGUGUGCGUGCGUGUGUGCGUGCGUGUGUGUGUGCGUGUGUGUGUGCGUGUGUGUGCGUGUGUGUGUGCGUGUGUGUGUGCGUGUGUGUGUGUGUGUGUGUGUGUGUGUGUGUGGGGUGUGCAUGCACCUCUCUGCUAUUGUGCUAUUGCUCAUUGUUAGUUUCUUUUUGCUGCUUUUUGGUAAAAGUCUUUUGCACUGAAGUCUGUGCCGUUGCAUUCAGUUGUACACAUGUGUGUUUGUGUAUAGUGUGAAGUCCGGGAUUAACAGCUUUAUAAUAGUUUUGGAGUGAAGGCUGUGGGAUUUCUUUAGUAGUAGUAGUAGUAGUAGUAGUAAUAACUUUGGGUAUUUUGAUUUAAUUUUGACUUUUCUAGAAAAAAAAUAUUUUAUAGAAAAACAAAAUAAAAUAAAACUAUCUUUGUAAAAUAAAUGACAUCAUUUCGAUUGAA